AUGGCCGCCAAUCUGCGUAGUAAAGGGGAUGAUGCCAUACUGACGUCACUAGGCCCCGCCUCCAGAAGGGGCAAUGAACACUUUAAGCAGGGUGUGUAUGAGUCAGCAGUGGAAUCGUACACACGUGGCAUUCAUCUUGAUCCAACAAAUGCAAUUCUGCCAGCAAACAGAGCCAUGGCUUAUUUAAAACAGCAUAGGUAUGCAGAAGCUGUGGUGGACUGUACCACUGCCAUAUCGCUGGACCCACUCUACAUCAAGGCUUACCUCCGACGCGCAUCGGCCAGACUGGCACAACACUACAUGGAGGACGCUAUGGCCGACUACGACAAGGUUCUCACGCUGGAGCCUCACAACAAACUCGCUCACUGUGAGAAGAGCAGGAUUCAGAAGGAAAUAGCUAAUAGGAAGGACCAGGGACUUAAUGUUUCAUCAUUUGUGUCAUCAGAGAGAGGUGUUGUCAAGCCAGUGUACAAAGCUCCUGAACAGAGGUCAAAGAAACCUCUUCGCAGACUAAACAUUGAGGAAAUUGGACAUGUAAGAGAUACUGGUGUGAAAGAAUCAGCCAAGAAGAACCAAGUUAAAAAACUAGCCACUUGUGAAGAUAGCCAUUUGCUGGAUCCACUUAUAUCAGAGAAUACCACUUGUACCCAGAAUCCAAAUUCACAGUUACAAGGUUUACAGUUACAAUGUUCACAAGGUUUACAGUUACAAAGUUCACAAUUAUCACAUUCACAGUUGCCUGCCUUGCAGUUAACAAAGUCACAAUUACCAAUCAAUAGGUUUGGAUCAGACAGUGCUGACUGUUUGAAAGCAGAUAACAGGCCGAGUUCCGGCACUUCCGUACAAGUGAAUUCUGACAUGGACAGAGGUGUUCCCCAGUCAUCUUUCCAGUUCCAGGCUGAUUAUAAAGUUCUGAAGAACAAGCCAGAAGCAUUUUAUAAAUACUUCAAGCAAAUUGAGCCGUCCAGUCUGUCGACAUUAUUUGGUCAUGCCAUUGAUGCAGAUAUAAUUUUGAAGAUAUUUACCAUAUUCAGGGACUUCUUCAUUCCAGAUGGCCUCGAUGUUCUGCAGUAUGUCCAUCACCUCGCUCAAGUGAACCGAUUUGAUAUGGCUCUUAUGUUUUUGUCACCAAAAGAAAAACAAGUUUUAAGUGAUGUUUUUGAUCACCUGAGAAGACACUCGAGCUCAAAUGAUAAAGACUUGUCAGCUCUUGCCAGAAGAUACCAGUUGUCAGCUACAAGAUGAUAAACACUUGUUCUUGCUAUGAUGUACCAGUUGUCAGCUACAAAGUAAUGAACACUUGUUAGUUCUUGCUAUGAUGUACCAGUUAUUAUCUACAAAGUGAUAAACACUUGUUCUUGCUAUGAUGUACCAGUUGUCAGCUACAAAGUCAUAAACACUUGUUCUUGCUAUGAUGUACCAGUUAUUAUCUACAAAGUGAUAAACACUUGUUAGUUCUUGCUAUGAUGUACCAGUUAUUAUCUACAAAGUGAUAAACAUUUGUUCUUGCUAUGAUGUACCAGUUAUUAUCUACACAGUAAUAAACACUUGUUCUUGCUAUGAUGUACCAUUUAUUAUCUACAAAGUAAUAAACACUCAUUAGUUCUUGCUAUGAUGUACCAGUUAUUAUCUACAAAGUGAUAAACACUUGUUCUUGCUAUGAUGUACUAUUUGUCAGCUACAAAGUGAUAAACACUUGUUCUUGCUAUGAUGUACCAGUUAUUAUCUACACAGUAAUAAACACUUGUUCUUGCUAUGAUGUACCAGUUAUUAUCUACAAAGUAAUAAACACUCGUUAGUUCUUGCUAUGAUGUACCAGUUAUUAUCUACAAAGUGAUAAACACUUGUUCUUGCUAUGAUGUACCAGUUAUUAUCUACAAAGUGAUAAACACUUGUUCUUGCUAUGAUGUACCAGUUGUCAGCUACAAAGUGAUAAACACUUGUUCUUGCUAUGAUGUACCAGUUGUCAGCUACAAAGUGAUAAACACUUGUUCUUGCUAUGAUGUACCAGUUGUCAGCUACAAAGUGAUAAACACUUGUUCUUGCUAUGAUGUACCAGUUGUCAGCUACAAAGUGAUAAACACUUGUUAGUUCUUGCUAUGAUGUACCAGUUAUUAUCUACAAAGUGAUAAACACUUGUUCUUGCUAUGAUGUACCAGUUGUCGGCUACAAAGUGAUAAACACUUGUUAGUUCUUGCUAUGAUGUACCAGUUGACAGCUACAAAGUGAUAAAUACUUGUUAGUUCUUGCUAUGAUGUACCAGUUGUCAGCUACAAAGUAAUAAACACUUGUUCUUGCUAUGAUGUACCAGUUAUUAUCUACAAAGUAAUAAACACUUGUUCUUGCUAUGAUGUACCAGUUGUGAGCUACAAAGUGAUAAACACUUGUUAGUUCUUGCUAUGAUGUACCAUUUGUCAGCUACAAAGUGAUAAACACUUGUUCUUGCUAUGAUGUACCAGUUAUGAUCUACAAAGUGAUAAACACUUGUUCUUGCUAUGAUGUACCAGUUAUUAUCUACAAAGUGAUAAACACUUGUUCUUGCUAUGAUGUACCAGUUGUCAGCUACAAAGGGAUAAACACUUGUUAGUUCUUGCUAUGAUGUACCAGUUGUCAGCUACAAAGUGAUAAACACUUUUUACUUCUUGCUAUGAUGUACCAGUUAUUAUCUACAAAGUGAUAAACACUUGUUAGUUCUUGCUAUGAUGUACCAGUUAUUAUCUACAAAGUGAUAAACACUUGUUCUUGCUAUGAUGUACCAGUUGUCAGCUACAAAGUGAUAAACACUUGUUCUUGCUAUGAUGUAUCAGUUAUGAUCUACAAAGUAAUAAACACUUGUUCUUGCUAUGAUGUACCAGUUGUCAGCUACAAAGUAAUAAACACUUGUUAGUUCUUGCUAUGAUGUACCAGUUGUCAGCUACAAAGUGAUAAACACUUGUUACUUCUUGCUAUGAUGUACCAGUUAUUAUCUACAAAGUGAUAAACACUUGUUCUUGCUAUGAUGUACCAGUUAUUAUCUACAAAGUAAUAAACACUUGUUAGUUCUUGCUAUGAUGUACCAGUUAUUAUCUACAAAGUGAUAAACACUUGUUCUUGCUAUGAUGUACCAGUUGUCAGCUACAAAGUGAUAAACACUUGUUCUUGCUAUGAUGUACCAGUUAUUAUCUACAAAGUGAUAAACACUUGUUCUUGCUAUGAUGUACCAGUUGUUAUCUACAAAGUGAUAAACACUUGUUCUUGCUAUGAUGUACCAGUUGUCAGCUACAAAGUGAUAAACACUUGUUCUUGCUAUGAUGUAUCAGUUAUGAUCUACAAAGUAAUAAACACUUGUUAGUUCUUGCCAUAAUGUACCAGUUGUCAGCUACAAAGUAAUAAACAUUUGUUAGUUCUUGCUAUGAUGUACCAGUUGUCAGCUGCAAAGUAAUAAACACUUGUUAGUUCUUGCUAUGAUGUACCAGUUGUCAGCUACAAAGUAAUAAACACUUGUUCUUGCUAUGAUGUACCAGUUGUCAGCUACAAAGUAAUAAACAUUUGUUAGUUCUUGCUAUGAUGUACCAGUUGUCAGCUACAAAGUAAUAAACACUUGUUAGUUCUUGCUAUAAUGUACCAGUUGUCAGCUACAAAGUAAUAAACACUUGUUCUUGCUAUGAUGUACCAGUUAUUAUCUACACAGUAAUAAACACUUCUUCUUGCUAUAAUGUACCAGUUGUCAGCUACAAAGUCAUAAACACUUGUUCUUGCUAUGAUGUACCAGUUAUUAUCUACACAGUAAUAAACACUUGUUCUUGCUAUGAUGUACCAGUUGUCAGCUACAAAGUAAUAAACACUUGUUAGUUCUUGCUAUGAUGUACCAGUUAUUAUCUACAAAGUGAUAAACACUUGUUCUUGCUAUGAUGUACCAGUUGUUAUGUACAAAGUGAUAAACACUUGUUCUUGCUAUGAUGUACCAGUUGUCAGCUACAAAGUGAUAAACACUUGUUCUUGCUAUGAUGUAUCAGUUAUGAUCUACAAAGUGAUAAACACUUGUUCUUGCUAUGAUGUACCAAUUGUCAGCUACAAAGUAAUAAACACUUGUUAGUUGUUGCUAUGAUGUACCAGUUGUCAGCUACAAAGUAAUAAACACUUGUUCUUGCUAUGAUGUACCAGUUAUUAUCUACAAAGUAAUAAACAUUUGUUAGUUCUUGCUAUGAUGUACCAGUUGUCGGCUACAAAGUAAUAAACAUUUGUUAGUUCUUGCUAUGAUGUACCAGUUAUUAUCUACAAAGUGAUAAACACUUGUUCUUGCUAUGAUGUACCAGUUGUCAGCUACAAAGUGAUAAACACUUGUUAGUUCUUGCUAUGAUGUACCAGUUGUCAGCUACAAAGUGAUAAACACUUGUUACUUCUUGCUAUGAUGUACCAGUUAUUAUCUACAAAGUGAUAAGCAUUUCUUAGUUCUUGCUGUGGUGUACCAGUUGUUAUCUACAAAGUGAUAAACAUUUGUCAAUGUUAUUUACAAAGUGAUAUUUUCAAAACGCAACUACUAGUGAUCUUGCGUGGAACAAUCCUUGCAACAGCAAUUUGACCAAUAAAAGAAUGAUAUGCAAUUGGUUGAAUGAAAGAGUAUGGUUUAUACUGUGUAAUAUAUCCUGCCAGUGUAUUUUGCCAAUUCAUAGGAGAAUAUGUUUAUAACUGCAAGCUAAGUGAUGAUUCUUGUAUCUCUUCUAACCUGUAUGUCAAUCACCAAUAGUAUGUGGUGGACAAAUAAUCACAGAGGCUUUUGAUAAAUGACGUGGAGGUGUUUUACAUGAAGAGAGUUGUGUAAAUAAAUACAGAUUAUUAUACGAGCUUGUGUGUUGUACUGAUUUUAUGAAACGAGUGUCACGAGUGUUGUAUAGAGUGAGUGAGAGUGAGAGUAUUACAGUACAUGAAUCCUGUGACGAGUUUCGUAAAAUCAGUACAACUCACAUGCGAGUAUAAUAAUUUCUUUACUAUU